GUGGAAUGGUAGGAGAGAUGGGAUGCCAGUCGAAGUGCUGACCGCUGAAGUACCAACCUUGGACGUGGAACCUGAUGUAGGCAUAGGAAUUGCAGAGGCCCUCAGGCAAGAUGAUGAAAAGUUUGGGCAUUGGGAGCGCUACAGUGGUCCGACCUCAGACUUCAAAGAGGAGAAGGAGGGCUACAGACCAGAUGUUAAACUCAACUACAUAGAUGAUGAUGGACGUGUGCUUAAUGCAAAGGAGGCUUUCAGCAUAAACAAGAACAAUUAUGAGGAGUUAAUUGUGGACAUGAUCAAGAGAGGUCCUUGGUUUUGGAACACAGCAAAUCACAUGGUGAAAUCAUAAUAAUGUUCAUCAAAAUGGAAGAACCAAAAGACUUUGUAACGUGGCUGCAAGUAGCCAAGAAAAUUCAAACCAUCGAAUGUCACUCCAAUUUAUUUGGAACCUCAUCAAGAGAAGACUAAUGCCAGAUAGCAGGAGAUAACAGCGUUUAGAAGAUUCAUGGAUCCCGCAUUGUCAUGAAGAUCAUCCAUCUGUGACACAGAGAUCUUAAUUUCAAGAUAGGACAUUAUUUUACGGCUGUACCAUCUUGCCUGUGCCAAUUUGUUAUGAGAAACCGUAAAGAACUGUUCUUCUUAAGAUGCCAAAACUGUGUGCUGAUUUCUGCUCUCCGUGAUGUAUGACAAUAAAAGGGGUGUGUACAUUGUGAAUGUGUAUGAGAAUGAAAAUAUUACUGUAGAUCCAUAGAAAGAAGCAGGUAUGCCAUCUGAGUUGGAGUUACCAAUUUACAAGUACAGUAAAUUGCUGUUUAUCUGGUGUCCACGCAUCCAGGAUUUUCAUUCAGCUGGCAGAAAUUUCUAAGAAAAUUAUAAAGUCAUUAAAAAAAUACAAGUCUAUUUUCACGCACUACCGUUAUGUGAUAGUUUUCCCAGGUUCAACUAGCAACACCCUCUAUCAUGCAGAUAGCAUUUUAGUAAAGGCUACUUGAAUUUGUGAUCUUGUGAAUUCAAAAUCUUUCACUUGUCCAUCUGCGGUAUUGUAUGGGAAUAGUCCAUGCAAGAAUUAAAGGAAGAACGUGAUAUUUUGAUUAUAAAUUGGGUUUCUGCAAGAACUUUUCUCGUGAAUGGUUUACUUACAGUUCAUUUCCUUUUAUCCUGUAGAGGAAUAUGUUAAUUAAUAGUUUUCAAAUUUUAAGGUUCUUGCCAUGGAAAUGAUUGAUUAUAUAUACUGAAUUUUUAUUAUAUAUUCUAAUUUUUUAAUUCCUGAUGAAAUGUAUUAUAUUUGGACUGUUAAAUUAAAUAUUUUUCAUUAUGUGAUUGAGAUAAUUUCAUUAAACUUCUAUAUUAUGAAUAGGUCUUUUCUAUUAAUUUAUGAUUGUGACAACAAUAAUCAUAUAUCUGGAUAAAUUUCAUCAUACUGAAUAUUCUAUGUAUAAAUUUUGUAUUUUGACAUGUUCUAUAUCCUAUGGCAUGCGUGACCUGAAAGGAUGUAUGGAAUUUAAAAUAAAGUGAAAGUGAAAGUAAAACAGCAGAUUCAUGUAACUGGCAGAUCCCAUUCUCCAUACAUGACAAGUAAUUAUUGUUUAAUCUAGUAAUUAAUAUGAUAGAUUCAUCUUCAGUAUAAAUGAAAACAUAUAAAUCAAGAUUUUGUAAUUUAAUUUUUAGUACCAAAUUUACACCUGUGGAACCAUUCAUAAGUUUCUUAGCAAAUAUGUUAACAAACCACUGAUCACUCAUGUGGCUGUGUGGAAACAGCUCUAUUUAAAUCAGUAGUGUACUCAGACAUAAUCAAAAAAGUGGUAUGACACAAACAAUCAUGGAAAAACUUCUUAGUGAACCAUUAAUGAAUUGUGUGGUUGUGUAUAAACAGCUCUAGUUACAUCAGAGAUUCGCUGAGAUGUGCCAGAAAAGUGGCACAACUCAAAUUAACAUGGGAAAAGAGAUUUAGCCUUUUGUACUGGGUUGAGGUAAACUAUUUGUAAUUCCUUGGCUGCAUUACUGUAGUCGAACGAGACCUCUCACAAGAAUUUGUAAGAUUUGUAAUUCUUUGUUUAAUUUGUAAACUCUCUGAAGCUCUUAUCACAUCAGAAAGUGGCAUAUCUUCCUCUUUGUUCUGGAAUGCAUGAGUAAGAACAGAUGUGGAUACUGACUGACACUGAACCAUAUCUGCGUCUUUGAGUAGUGAUGUUUGUUAGAGAAGGAAUGUUACUGUGAAACUGCUGAAGAAUCUUAUAAGUUUGUACAUCUCAACCUGUUUCAUGUUGUAACACAAAUGGUUAUUGCUUUGUUCACAAGGAUGAAAUCCAGGAAAGAAACUAUCUUAUGUUUUCUGCAGUUUUGUGAAAUAUGAAUAUACAGCUGCUUCAAGAGUAGGAUUUUUCAGGAAAUAAAUUUUAUUUUCAUAUUGAA